CAGAUAGAAGAGAGCACUCCUUCAAGGCCAGCAUAUAAGCACAAUAGAUUGAAAGGAAAGCUAACCUUUUAUAGCUAGACCAUUGAAGACCACAACUAGUUCUCCCUCCUACUCUCCUAGCUUAUAGAUUCCCAAAGACCACACACAAUGGCUCAACUGGGGAUGAACCAGAGAACUUUAGCAACAGCUGCAGUAUGCAUGGUGUUACUAUGUCUACUCGUGAUGAAUGAUGUGGCCAGUGCAGAGAGAUCACUAAAAGAUAAGGAACCAGAAGUAGUUUUCAAAAGAGAAAUGAAACCGGGAGUUCUAGCAAGAAUAUCUCAUUUCUUAUGGCAGAGUGGGGAGUCUUCUUAUGAACCUGUUUGGCCAGACAUGAAAUUUGACUGGCGGAUCAUAGUAGGAUCAAUAGUUGGAUUCUUCGGCGCAGCAUUGGGUAGUGUUGGAGGUGUUGGAGGUGGUGGAAUUUUUGUUCCAAUGCUCACACUGAUCAUUGGUUUCGAUCCCAAGAGUUCUACUGCCAUUUCCAAGUGUAUGAUAAUGGGUGCGGCAGGAUCUACGGUCUAUUACAACCUGAGACUUAGGCACCCAACACUGGACAUGCCUCUUAUAGAUUAUGACCUAGCUCUGCUCUUCCAGCCUAUGCUCAUGCUGGGAAUCAGUAUUGGAGUUGCCUUCAACGUUAUGUUUGCUGACUGGAUGGUCACCAUUCUGCUUAUCAUACUCUUUAUAGGUACAUCAACCAAAGCAUUAUUCAAAGGCAUAGAUACAUGGAAGAAAGAGACAAUGAUGAAGAAGGAAGCAGCCAAGCAGUUAGAAUCAGAAACCAAACCAGUAGACAGUAUUGGGCAAGAUUACAAACGACUGCCAAGUGGUCCAGGUUCUUUACAAGACGAUGAGGUUCCCCUACUACGGAAUAUUUACUGGAAAGAGUUGGCAUUGCUUCUUUAUGUGUGGGUGGGUUUUCUGAUUGUUCAGCUUGUUAAGACAUACGUCAAAACCUGCUCAGUUGCAUACUGGAUUCUCAACGCUUUGCAGGUUCCAAUUGCUGUCUCCGUCACACUUUUUGAAGCCAUAUGCUUAUAUAAAGGGACAAGGGUGGUUGCAUCUAAAGGAAAGGAAAUCACAAAUUGGAAGUUGCAUAUGAUUUUUCUGUACUGUUGCUGCGGGAUAAUAGCAGGAAUGGUGGGUGGACUGCUAGGGCUAGGAGGUGGUUUCAUCUUGGGACCUCUUUUUCUCGAAUUGGGAAUUCCUCCCCAGGUAGCAAGCGCAACAUCAACCUUUGCAAUGGUGUUUUCCUCCUCAAUGUCAGUUGUACAGUAUUACCUGCUAAAGCGUUUUCCAGUCCCAUAUGCCGCUUAUCUCGUUUUAGUUGCAACAAUCGCUGCCUUCACCGGUCAGCACGUAGUGAGAAAGAUAAUUGCACUCCUUGGCAGGGCAUCAAUAAUCAUCUUCAUACUGGCUUUGACGAUAUUUGUGAGCGCAAUUAGUCUAGGUGGAGUGGGCAUAGCGAAUAUGAUUGAGAAACUAGAGAACAAUGAGUACAUGGGGUUUGAAAAUCUCUGCUACAAAUCCUAAGUAUCUCAUGUAAAAAAAUAGCAGUGGAAUCUCCCGUCACAGUGCAUUUCAUUGCCAUCCACUUUUUUAAAGGCAGAUAGGGUUACGAUAUGUUCCUGGACAUUUAAUUCUCUGCCAAUAAUCUUCUGCUAAAAUUUUUGGCAAGGAUUUAUUGUGUUUCUUUUCUUGCAAUUUUAAAUGAUGUUUAUUCUGUACAAGUUUGUAUGAUUUCUUUUGUACAGAAAUCAGAAUGCACAACAAUAAGGCAUAUUAAGGCUUUGCAAUGAAUUUUUACGUCCUUUUUUA